AUGAAGCUCAUUUCACUCGUCUCUGGCUACGCCAUCAAGGGCAGUGUUGUCAACUGCCGCCCAGGUCCGGGGACCUCACACAAGGUCGUCCUCGUGUACAAGAAAGGAGCCCAGGUGACGCUCUCGUGCCAGACUCCGGGUACAGACACCCAGCACGGCUGUUACGUGAGCGACUAUUAUGUAAAUACGGGCAACGGCUAUGUGGCCGAGAAAUGCUCCAAGCCCAACGACAAACCCAAGCCUUGUGACAAGCCCUGCGACAAGCCUGACGACAAUCCCAAGCCAGGUGACAAGCCUAGCACUAGUGCGGAUCCGAUGAAGGAUGUUUAUCCAUACAAAGACGGUGCCAGUGUGUCAACUUUCGUCGUCCGGUGGAUCAACUCACGUCUGGGCAUCGACUUCAACAACCACUACAAGGAUAAGAGGUGGGAUAAUGCCAACGAGUGGGAUGACGCCGCGCAUGCCUCGGGCGUCACUGUGAGCAACACGCCGAAGCCGGGAGCUAUCUCGGGCAACAGCGUCACUACUGAGGAGUACAACUACAAGCAUCACAAAUACGGCACGUGGACUGUCCCCAAGAGCUCGUUCGGGUACACCCACCUCAAGAAACAAGCAGGAAAGUGA